AUGGCGCUGCUGGUCUCAUUUUCUGGAGGGGUUCGAGCAUUGGUUUGGGUCCUGCUUCUGCUGCUGCCCGCAGCAUGCCUGCAAGCUGGAAACUCAGCAAGAUCCAACAGAGUAAAUGACCAUCGGGUGGAACAACCAGCACACCUCUCUGGUGUCCAGGGUGGCUCUAUCGAGAUCCCCUUCUCCUUCUACUUCCCUGGGGAGUUGGCACCGGAUCCACAGAUGAGGAUUCUCUGGAGAUGGAAGCCCUUCUCUGAGGGAUUGAUCUACAACUCUUUCUCGGGUUUCAUACAUGAGAAUUUUAAGGGCCGACUUAUCCUGAACUGGACACAGCCUCAGACAUCCGGAGUCCUCAGAAUCCUGAACUUGAAGAAGAAGGACCAGACAGUGUACUUCUGCCGAGUUCGUCUGAUCACAAGUAAAGGCGCGCAGCUAUUGCAGGCAAUAAAUGGAACCAACCUCACCAUCACCCAUGCAGUUAAGACCACCACAAAAAGUCCCUCCAUCAUCACCUCUGCAGUCACCACGGCUGGACAGGAGGACACAGAGAACCAGAGGAAUCCUUCACUUUUGAACAUAGUAGCCAUGGUCGGGGUGGUGGUGGCCACAGCUGUGCUCAUAACCCCUGUCUGUGUGAUGCUGAUCUUCCUCUGGUGGAAGAAAAGAUUCUCCCCAUCCUUCCUAGGGAACUCAGCAGGAUCCAGCAGAGUAAAUGACUAUGGGGUGGAGCAAUCAGCACGCCUCUCUGGUGUCCAGGGCGGCUCCAUCGAGAUCCCCUUCUCCUUCUACUUCCCUGGGGAGUUGGAACAAAUUCCACAGAUGAGGAUUCUCUGGAGAUGGAAGAAACUCCAUGGGGAAUUGAUCUACAACUCUUCCUCGGGUUUCAUACACGAGCAUUUUAAGGACCGGCUCAUCCUGAACUGGACACAGCCUCAGACAUCCGGAGUCCUCAGAAUCCUGGACUUGAAGGAGAAGGACCAGACAGUGUACAUCUGCCAAGUUCGUCUGAACACAAGUAAAGGUGUGCAGAUGUUUCAUUCGAAUGAUGGGACCCACCUCACCAUCUCUCAAGGAGAGCACAUCCCAGCCCCUGGAACCACCACUCCAAGCCCCACCACUGCAACUUCGGAAGGCCAGAUGAGCAGGAAUCAGACCAUGGAUCUGGAAGCCACAGUUGGGUUGGCGGUGGCUGCUGCUGUACUCCUGGCUGGGGUUUUGGGAUUGAUGGUGUUCCUCAGGUGGAAGAGGAGGAAAGGCCAGAGGACUAAAGCCGAAACCCCAGCCAGGGAACUCAUUGAAAACACUGAGAAAUGUGAGCAAGUUGAGCCCAAAGGACGACAUAUGGACCCCAAAGAGAACCCCAAGGACAACAUCGUGUAUGCCUCCAUUACCCUCUCAAGCCCAACCUCCCCAGGAACACCAGGCUGCCCGCCUGUCCAUGAGAACCCCCAGGAAGAGACUGUAUACUCCAUCGUAAAGACCAAAUGAGCGGGUCUGGGUGACCAUCUCAGAGUCACCUUUGCUUCUAGUAGGAAGACUCCCAGCUUCCACUGAUACCCACAGUCAGAC